CAUUUUGGGUCCCAAAGCCUCUGUCUUGAGGUGAGAGGCUUGAGGGAAACACAAAUUCACACAUGGUUGUCGGGAAGUUGAACAAGAUCAAGGCCUUCUUGGUCUUGCUCCAUUUCGCCAUCAUUCAGGGCGAACUGAGGAUGAAGAAAACUUUUACCGUUAAUGGCAUCUCAGGCGAACUCAAAUGGGACGUGGUGGAUACGAAGUUCCACGUCGAAAUUACGGUGGGAUACAAAGGUUUUGUGGCGGUGGGCUUUGCUCAUUCACCCGAGUUCAAUCACACCCAAGCGGAGUUUGAUGGCUUCGUUGGGGGCAUGCUGUCUAACGGUUCUGAAUAUGGUGCCAGUUACGCCUUGAGAAAAGGAAAAAUGGUCCGAUAUCCAGAGGAUCGAUUUCAGCUAAAAAAAUCGUCUGAGAAUGACCGUGGCACUACUCUCAUUUUGGAGAGAAUCAUCACCACAUGCUUCAAAGAGAGCUUUGAUGCCAGAAAUGUCGGAGAUUUGGCAUUUGUCAAGGUGAUCAUCGAUCCUGCAGCGAAUGAUCUCGCUUCCAUCGUUCCAACUCCAAAAUCCAUUGAUUUCAACGAGCUCGAAAUGGUCAUAUUUCCCGUCACUUUGUUCACAAAAUCCCAAGAUGAAUCGCAGAUAAACUCAGAAUUGACCAUUCAGAGUACAAAUUCAUUCAGUCUGAGACACAAUAACGAAGCGGUUCAAAAUAAAUUUGCACUCUGCAUGUUGGACUACACCACGGAAGACUUCACGCACUGGAAAGGCUACAUUCUCGAGACUAAAAGUACUAACAAUUACAAAGAUGGAGUCCAACUAAUGGUAGCUUAUCAAUGUGAUAAUGUUGCCAUUCCUACUGGCAAUGGCGCUCCCGACACGCGCAAAACAGUGACUGAUGCGUGCCAGAAUGAUCUUGGGGUCACCUAUGUGAAUAGGAAGUGCCAAGACGUCCUCUUUGUUUGGUCACCAGGAAGCGAUGGAGAAGUCCUGCCAAAAGACAUGGGAAUUGAGGUCAAGCCGAAGAAUGCUGAUGGCAGACGCUACGUGAUGUUGAUGACUUACUACAAGAAGGCACUCUCUACUGAUUCAUCAGGAAUGACAUUAGUUCAUGGAAGUGGCUCUAGCUUCACAAAAGUGGCCAAAAUGAUGGUGGGACACUAUGUGAGCUCAAAAAUGGUUGUGAUGCCUGGUCAGGAUUGGACUGUCCAAGGAAUAUGCCACUCUGAUUGCAGUGCCAACUCUGAACUCACAUCAACCACAGAGAUCACGAUUCACUCAGCAAGUAUUCACCACUCCAAUGCCAGCCUCGCCACGUUGAAGAUGUCUUCUGGUGAUGGCUCUGCUUCCAAUGCUAUUGAGUAUUCCUCUUCACUUCUUGACCAACCUGCCAACCCCAGUUUUCAACCGAACCGGCACUUUUCAAAACCGAUUCAAGCGAAUCUAAGCAGUACAGAUGUAGUGACACGAUGAUAGUUCCACGGACUUUAAACGCAAGCGUCGAUCACUUGAUGCGUCAAGGAUGAGGGCCAAGAGACAAUCGGAUAAUUUGGUGCAUGACUUCCUUGAUCGGGACACGUUCGUUGGCGAGGUUCCAGAUAUACAGGACAGCACCGUUCAGAGGGACCUUGAAGCACUGUUUGGUCAAUCCUCAUCAAGACAGCUCUCCAAUGCGAAUCUAGGAGUCAAUGGGGGUGAACAGUUUCCCAUUUGCGUCGGCAAGUCUGGUGCUAUGCUUCAACUGAAACCAAUAAAAAUUAAAUCUGGAGGCCAAGCGGAUCCCAAACAAGUCUCUGACUGCUCCUCCAUAAAGACUACUCCUCGCCCAAGUGAUGAGGUCUUGAAUAACAAGCCAGGUACCGAAUCCGCAGUCACAAACACCCAAACAACAACAACCACUACCAAAGCAACAACUUCAACACCAACUCAAAAAAGCACUACAAAAAAACAAUCAACCAAUUCAGCCACAAUUUCCGCGAAAUCACCCACAAGGUUGCCAGCUGGAGAAACUUCUGCUGAUGGUUCUAAUGCUAGCGAACCUAACGCCAACGACGAACCGGAAGCGGAGACUAAUUCUAAUCCAGAUACCAGAAUUAACGAACCCGUGGUUGAACCUGAGACAGAAAAUGUUGGGGUGAUCAUUGUGCCAAGUUUCGUUCAGGUCUGCAUUGCCAUGAUCGCAAUUCAUUCGCUCAUGCUCAAGCCUUGAUUGCGGUUUCCUACUUGGCAUACGAGAAUAUUUGACAAGCAAACUCAUUGCAGAUGAUGUGAUAACAUAAAGCGAAAUUGAGAUCCGAUCUACAUAAAUGAUGUUCGUUUAAAUUUCUUUUGUAUAUAAUAGAUAUACAGCAUAAUUAGUGCGAA